AUGGAUGUGUCUUUCACUGCGCACUUGGACCAGCUGAUCGAUCGAUUGAAAUCAGAAUUGGUCCAGCACUAUGAAAGAGACCUCGCCACCAAUACCAAAGGAAGGGAGGAUGAGGUGACCUGCAGUUCACCGCACAUUCUGCGAUUCACAGCUUCCAAAUCAUUCCUACAUGGAGUGCGGAGUCCGAAAGCCUUGCUCAAUCGCAGGGCAUCAGUGGACUCGGAUGGUUCCAGUGACGAGCUUGAAAUGCCAAGAGUUCAUCACCGCUUGCAUUCCAAGUCUGCGGUUUCGGACUCUGAUGAGGCCACCGUGACCUCCACAGAGUCCUUGGAGCUGAAGACGCCAAAACACAUCAAGGCAUCUGCCUUGGUACCUCAAGUGCCUCACCCAACAGCGCCGAAGGAUAAUUUACGACCCUUUAUGCCUUCAGCGGCGCCAAAGAUGUUGAUCCCAGCGAAGGCAGCCCAGGUUGCUCCAAUCUUCUCCGACACUGAGUCGCAGGAGGCUGUCAGCACGCCGGCAGUGACGGGCACAACAGGUGUCACAGCUGUCAGCCCUGUCGCUGUCACCCACGUGCCCAUCCCGAUUCCGCAGACAGAGGACACGGCUUCUGUUUCAGAUACUGCAAGCCAAGUGCCUUCUCCUGCACAACAUCGGCACUAUUCCGUGAAUCAGGACAGCAAAAGACGUGGAACCAAGGACAGCCAAAGAACUUCGAAGACCUCCAAGACUUCAGGAAGUAGCAGCACUUCGACAAGUUCAGCGAGCUUCGCUAGUUCCAGUGAUGGCGAGGCUCCAAGAGUUGCACUUCCAAACAGUCGAUUGACAAUGAAGAGACCGAGCAAUGCUUCAAUUUCUCUAUUCUUCAGAAGAGAACCUGCUGUUUCUCGAAUUUGGCUGUUUUUGCAGGACCCAGACUCCAGCGCAGCAGCAUGGUACUAUGCAAACAUCAUGAAUUAUUUUAUCACCUUUACGAUUAUAUUCACAAUCUGGCAAGCAGCUGCAGACCCGCCGGUCUCGCGCUUGAUUGAAGGAAUCAUGCAAAUCUCGGUUGAGGGAAUUUUCUUCGUGGAAUUUAUGCUUCACUGGUGCUUCAGUGCCGAAAGACUUGCUUUCUUGAAGAAUCCCUACAACAUUAUUGAUUUCUUGGCCAUCAUCCCGAUUGGCUUCCGCAUUGCCUACGGCAUCAGCACACCUGAGAUGGACUCCAAUUAUGCACCGGUGCACUUCCUGCUCUACUGCUUUGUCCCAGUGAUCCGUCAGUUGAAGCUGAUCCGAAAAUUUCAAAAGCUGCAGCUGCUCCUGCAUGUUUUGUCGACGACCUUUGAUGCAUUGAAGCUCUUGCUUUUUUUUGGUGUGCCUAAUUGUUCUUUUCUUUGGCUGUUUACUUUACGUCUUGGAGCCACAGCAAACGCAGUCUCUUUCGGAAUAUAUCUAUCAAUGCACGGUGACGGUCACCACAGUCGGGACUUGUGA